AUGGCGGAGGUGAUUGGUAAGAGAGUUCUUGACAAAGGGUGGUUGGCGGCACGAUCUACUGAGGUCGAGUUCACCGGAAUUCAGCUCACUACCACUAACCCUCCUUCUUCUGUUCCCACUUCUCCAUGGAUGGAGGCAGUCGUCCCCGGAACUGUUUUGGCAACCCUUGUAAGCAACAAGCUUGUGCCAGAUCCUUUUUAUGGGCUGGAAAAUGAGGCAAUUCUUGACAUUGCUGAUUCUGGGAGGGAAUACUACACUUUCUGGUUUUUCACAACUUUUGAGUGCGAGCUGUCAAACAAUCAACACGCGGAUCUAAACUUUCGGGCUAUAAAUUAUUCUGCGGAAGUUUAUUUAAAUGGGCACAAAGAAGUGCUACCCAAGGGGAUGUUUCGAAGACAUUCUAUUGAUGUAACUGAUAUUCUGCAUUCGGAUGGUAAAAAUCUUCUGGCUGUCUUAGUUUACCCUCCUGAUCAUCCUGGAAGCAUUCCUCCUGAAGGCGGCCAAGGUGGUGAUCAUGAGAUUGGGAAAGAUGUUGCCACACAAUACGUCGAGGGUUGGGAUUGGAUUGCUCCCAUAAGGGAUAGAAACACUGGCAUCUGGGAUGAGGUUUCCCUUUCUGUUACUGGGCCAGUGAAGAUAGUAGAUCCUCACUUGGUUUCAUCAUUCUUUGACAAUUACAAGAGGGUCUACCUUCAUGCCACUGUCGUGUUGGUGAAUAAAAGUAACAGGGUUGCCGAGUGUUCUCUGAAUAUCCAAGUAGGGACUGAACUCGAGGGGAAUCUCUGUUCAGUAGAGCAUCUUCAGACACAGCAUGUGUCCAUUCCUGCUGGAGCUCAUGUACAGUAUACGUUUCCAAAGAUAUUCUUCUAUAAACCCAACCUAUGGUGGCCCAACGGCAUGGGGAAGCAAUCCCUUUACAAUGUCGAAAUAACAGUUGCUGCGAAUGAUUUUGGAGAGUCUGAUUUGUGGAACCAUCAUUUUGGAUUUCGUAAGAUUGAGAGUCAUAUAGAUAGUGCCACUGGCGGAAGGUUAUUUAAGGUCAAUGGCCAGCCGAUAUUUAUCCGUGGGGGUAAUUGGAUAUUGUCAGAUGGAUUACUACGGCUUUCUAAGAAACGUUAUGAAGCAGAUAUCAAAUUUCAUGCUGACAUGAACUUCAACAUGAUGCGCUGUUGGGGUGGUGGACUAGCUGAAAGGCCAGAGUUUUAUCAUUUUUGCGACAUUUAUGGUCUUUUGGUUUGGCAAGAGUUCUGGAUAACUGGAGACAUUGAUGGACGAGGUGAUCCUGUAUCAAAUCCAAAUGGUCCUUUGGACCAUGAUCUUUUUAUGUUUUGUGCAAGGGACACUGUCAAGCUGCUCAGGAAUCAUCCUAGUCUUGCUUUAUGGGUUGGGGGUAAUGAGCAAGUUCCACCAAAGGAUAUCAAUUCAGCUUUGAAAACUGAUCUACAACUUCAUCCAUAUUUUGAAAGUUAUAUUCACCAUGGCUCUUCAGAGGAAGAAUUGUCCCCAGUUUUAAAGGAUCCAAGUCAAUAUCUCGACGGUACACGAAUUUAUGUGCAGGGAUCUAUGUGGGAUGGCUUUGCUAAUGGAAAGGGGGAUUUUACUGAUGGUCCUUAUGAAAUUCAAAAUCCUGAAGACUUUUUCAAGGAUGAUUAUUACAAAUAUGGUUUCAACCCCGAGGUUGGUUCCGUAGGAAUGCCUGUGGCUGCUACUAUAAGGGCAACAAUGCCUCCAGAGGGGUGGCAGAUUCCUUUGUUCAAUAAAUUAUCAAAUGGUUAUGUAAAGGAAGUCCCAAAUCCUAUAUGGGACUAUCAUAAGUACAUUCCAUAUUCUAAACCAGGCAAGGUUCACGAUCAGAUUUUAUUAUAUGGCACUCCGGAAGAUCUUGACGACUUCUGUCUUAAGGCACAGUUAGUUAACUAUACCCAAUACAGAGCUCUUUUAGAAGGCUGGACCUCCCGUAUGUGGAGCAAAUAUACAGGUGUUUUGAUUUGGAAGACCCAAAACCCUUGGACAGGUCUAAGAGGCCAGUUCUAUGAUCAUCUCCAUGACCAAACUGCAGGGUUCUACGGCUGUCGUUCUGCUGCAGAACCAAUCCAUGUCCAGCUAAAUCUGGCAACAUAUUUUAUAGAGGUAGUCAACACAACAUCGGAGGAGCUUUCCGAUGUGGCUGUAGAGGCUUCAGUUUGGAAUCUAGAAGGAGAAUGUCCCUAUUACAAAGUUUUUGAUAAGCUCAAUGUGCCAUCAAAAAGAACAGUGUCUAUUUCUGAAAUGAGUUAUCCAAAGUCCAAAAGUCCCGAGCCUGUUUAUUUUCUUCUUCUUAAACUCUAUAAAAUGUCAGAUGAAGGGAUACUAUCUAGGAACUUUUAUUGGUUACAUCUUCCGGGUGGAGAUUACAAGCUUCUCGAACCAUACAGAAAGAAGAAAAUCCCUCUCACAAUGACUUCUCUGACUUUCAUAAGAGGGUCCAGCUAUGAAAUCAGAAUGCACAUACAGAAUACAUCAAAGACACCAGAUUCAAGAAGUCUACUCUCCAGCAACAAUUUCAUUCAAGAAAGUUGUAACAAAGAUUUCGAUAUGUCAUCGUUUGAAGCUUGUGUUCCUGAGAGAAAAAAGGAAAGCAGUUUAUUUCACAAGAUGUGGAAGAAUUUUUCUAGGGAAGACAAUGGUGUGAAAGUUACUGAAAUUAAAGGAACCGAGACUGGUGUUGCUUUCUUUCUUCAUUUAUCCGUCCACUCUUCAACGAAGGAUCACAAGGAUGGUGAAGACACUCGAAUUCUGCCAGUUCAUUACUCUGACAACUAUUUCUCUUUAGUACCUGGUGAAGUAAUGUCGAUAACCUUAAACUUUGAGGUUCCUCCUGGUAUCACCCCACGCAUCUCUCUUACUGGUUGGAACUACGCAUUUGAUCCAAAGAAUGCAGAAAAAUCUUCUCGUGGUAUUGGAGGGAAGUAUAACUUUAACCUGAAGAAAAUGUGUGGAGCUGUUGGGGUUCCUGUGUGUACUUGGCCCGAAAGGUAUAUUAGUUGGGACGAAGUUCAUCUUACUCGAGAGGCAUACAAAGAUAUUACAGAAUGGCUCAUCCGGGACAUUAUGUAG